GGGCGGGUUCAGUAAUAAUAAUAAUUACUAAUAAGCGUGUCCUACGGGGAGGAAUCCUGUGCUUUAUCUAAAGGAUCCAUUCCUUACAGGAAUCCUGUAUUGCUCGGUCGCAGGUAGUUAAGUGGAGUUACUGCUAAGUGGAGUUACCGGUAGGAGAAAGGUCUUUCCGCCCGUGAGCGUUUACCGACGACUUUGGUCUGCACGAAUCUUUUUUUUUUUCCCUUCAAAAUCCAGCGUUCGGCGACUUACUUUCACCCAAAGUUCUUUCAAGCGUUGUCUGAUCCAUGCGGCCCGUGGUCGGAGCAAGGUCCCAUUGUUGCUGCUACCGUACGGGGCUGAAACAUGGUCCAACGGGCAGGGAAAAGAGCGAGAGCCCAGGAGAUGGAAGAGACGCUCUGUUGCUGCGAGUAUCUCGAUCGGAAGGGCCAAAGGAGCCACCUCGCGGCGUGUCUCUGCGAAUGCGAGGACCUCGACGAGUGCUGUGAAAGGUGGGUGACUUGCAAAUCUUUACCUCCCGGAAUAUUGGAGAGAGUCACAGAAACCUUCACGGAUCGUUUCCGUUUUCCAUGGAUUCGAGGGGCUGUAAAGAUCAAUAUCAGCCUCCUCCCACCAAUCAUCUUGCUUCCUUUUUUCCUUCACAUAGCAGCUUUGCACUUCCUUUUGGCCCUCGUCACCCUGAUAUCACUUCCUAUACUAGUACUAUGGUAUUACUACCUCACACAUAGGAAGAAAGGUCAGACUCUCUUCUUCUUAAGCCUGGGCCUAUUCUCCCUAGGUUACAUGUACUAUGUAUUUCUCCAGGAAGUGGUUCCCCGGGGCCAUGUGGAAUACAGUCAGGUGGCUCUUCUUACUUGUGGGUUAAUCCUGAUGCUUGUAGCCCUCCAUCAAGCCAAGAAAGAUCCUGGCUACCUUUUCAGCCAAAUGAGCAGCGACAAAGCACUUCUCCAAGGCAGUUGCAGUAAUAACAUGUUCAAUAAGAAUGACCUGGGAAACUCCAACGGGCUUUGCAGAGUACCUGCCUCAGGUGUUGCUGUACACAGUAACACUGAGAGCUACUCCAGAACAUUGGAAGCAGAGACGGGUCAGGGGACGAAGGACUGGUGCCUCAAAUGUCAGUUGGUUAGACCAGCUCGAGCUGGACACUGCCGAAUGUGUGGCAGGUGUGUGAAGAGACUGGAUCAUCACUGUGUCUGGAUUAACAACUGUGUUGGAGAACAGAACCAUCAAGCUUUUGUCCUUGCCCUCUUCCUUUUUCUGCUCACUUCAAUAUAUGGGAUUUCUUUGACUUUGGAUACCAUUUGUAGGGGAAAAAACACCCUCACUGCUCUGUUCUACUGUCCUGGUGUCUAUGGAGAAUACAGUUCAGCCUUGACAUUUACCUGUGUAUGGUAUUGUGCCAUUGUAACUUCUGGUAUGAGCUACAUCCUUCUUCUUCAGCUCUUGAAUAUCAGCUAUAACAUGACUGAGAGGGAAGCUCGCAUUGCAUUACGGGAGAAUAUUGGAAGGAAGUUGUUAUGGGGUAUGAUGGUUGACACAGGCCAAUAUAAUCGAGGUUUUCUGUACAAUUGGAUCCAGUUUUUCACCUUGCACUCAUCUGAUCUGCAGCAGACUGCUGAAGAUGUUGUAUGAAGGAGUUUUUAACUAUUAACUUUAUCAUGUAUCUAAAGGCAUUCUGGGCAAGUAGCUCUCAUCUGUUGCAAAUGAAGACUGGAAUAUGUAGAUCCUUUUAAGCCAUAUAGCAAACUACAAUACCACUUUCUCAAAAACAGGCACCUAUCAAAUAUUUUGUAGGAAUACCUUGGUAUGAUUGGGAUUGCUUAUAUUCGUCACUUGAUACCUAUUAAUGUCAGGUGAGGAAACAAAUAUAAAAACAAUCAUUUCAAGUUAAAGAAGCAGAGACUUUUCCCUGUUGAGGUUGAUAUGACCAUGAGGUUUUAGCAUUUCCUUGAAGGCAGCUCACACUUUCUGUUCUUGGCUCAUUCU